AAACGCAAACGCAAACGGAAUUUGCCCAACCAUUUUGAAAGGGAAGAGAAUUCAUCUUCGCGUUUCCCAUGGAUUCAACGACGGCGCAACGUCGACUUAAGGCCAUUGGCGACCACCUCAUGGCCGCCUCCGAUACUCAUUCUCAGCUCCGUACCAACCCCACCUCCGGAGAGUUUUUCUCUGAGCAGGGUUACAGUGUUGUGCUGCCAGAGAAGUUGCAGACAGGAAAAUGGAAUGUAUACAGAUCUGCUUGUUCUCCAUUGAAGCUUGUGAGUAGAUUUCCUGAUCAUCCUGAAAUCAGUACUUUGCAUGAUAAUUUUGAGCGUUCGGUUGACACCUUUCGAGAUUACAAAUAUCUUGGUACAAGAAUUCGGGUUGAUGGAACAGUUGGAGAGUACAAGUGGAUGACAUAUGGAGAAGCUGGUACAGCCCGGACAGCUAUAGGUUCUGGCUUAAUUUUUCAUCGAAUACCUAAGGGCUCUUCUGUGGGAUUAUAUUUCAUCAACAGGCCAGAGUGGCUCAUUGUUGAUCAUGCCUGCUCUGCUUAUUCUUUUGUAUCAGUUCCAUUAUACGACACUCUUGGUCCAGAUGCUGUCAAGUAUAUUGUAAAUCAUGCUGUUGUGAAAGCUAUAUUUUGUAUGCCUCAAACGCUAAAUUCUUUGCUAAGCUUCUUGUCUGAAAUCCCAAGUGUGUCUCUUAUUGUGGUGGUUGGUGGGAUAGAUGAUCUAGUGCCUUCAUUGCCAUCAUCAACUGGAGUUCAGGUCAUAACAUAUUCAAAAUUACUAAGUCAGGGCCGCAGUAAUCUCCAGCCUUUUUGCCCGCCAGAGCCAGAUGAUAUUGCAACUAUUUGUUACACUAGUGGUACAACAGGGACACCAAAGGGAGCUGUCCUGACACAUGUUAAUUUGAUUGCAAAUGUUGCUGGGUCCAGUCUAGAUACAAAAUUUUAUCCCACAGAUUGCUACAUAUCAUAUCUUCCUUUAGCGCACAUAUAUGAACGUGUAAACCAGAUAAUGACAGUUUAUUGUGGAGUUGCUGUUGGAUUCUACCAAGGGGAUAAUAUGAAAUUGAUGGACGAUAUGGCUGCUCUACGUCCUACUAUUUUUUGCAGUGUACCUCGACUGUAUAACAGAAUUUAUGCAGGUAUUACAAAUGCUGUAAAGACGUCUGGUGCACUAAGGGAGAGACUUUUUAAUGCUGCCUAUAAUUCUAAGAAGCAAGCAUUAAUGAAUGGCAAGAAUCCAUCUCCCAUAUGGGACAGAUUGGUUUUCAAUAAGAUAAAGGGAAAGCUUGGAGGACGUGUCCGCUUUAUGGGCUCAGGAGCUUCACCCUUGUCUCCUGAUGUCAUGGACUUUUUGAAGAUCUGCUUUGGUGGGCGAGUAGUUGAAGGUUAUGGAAUGACUGAGACUUCCUGUGUUAUAAGCUGCAUUGAUGAGAGUGACAAUCUCUCAGGACAUGUUGGUUCUCCUAAUCCUGCUUGUGAAGUAAAACUGGUGGAUGUCCCAGAAAUGAACUACACAUCUGAGGAUAAGCCUUAUCCUCGUGGCGAAAUCUGUGUCAGAGGUCCAAUUGUGUUUCAAGGCUAUUAUAAAGAUGAAGUGCAGACGAGAGAAGUAAUUGAUGAAGAUGGAUGGCUUCAUACUGGAGAUAUAGGGUUGUGGUUACCCAGGGGUCGUCUGAAGAUCAUUGACAGGAAGAAGAAUAUCUUUAAGCUGGCUCAGGGAGAGUACAUAGCACCGGAAAAGAUUGAAAAUGUGUAUGUGAAGUGCAAAUUUAUUGCCCAAUGCUUUAUUUAUGGUGACAGCCUGAAUUCUUCUUUGGUGGCUGUCGUCUCAGUGGACCCAGAUGUUUUGAAAGAAUGGGCUGCAUCUGAAGGCAUUAAGGAUUUGGGGCAACUAUGCCGUGACCCAAGAGCCAGGGCUGCAGUACUAGCUGACAUGGAUGCUGUUGGAAGAGAAGCUCAGCUGAGAGGCUUUGAAUUUGCAAAAGCUGUGACUUUGGUGCUCGAACCAUUUACAAUGGAAAACGGUCUGCUCACUCCUACAUUUAAGAUUAAGAGACCCCAAGCAAGGGAAUACUUUGCAAAGGAGAUUGCAGACAUGUAUGCUGAGCUCUCGAUAUCCGAUCCUACUCCUCAGAAGGCAUUGUAAGGUUAAUUCAAUAGGAAAACAUAGAAUCCAUGGCAGAGCGCAAGGAUACAGUGCUGCUUCUUAAUAAGGCAAGAUUAAAGCACCAGGUUAUUGGGAUUUUCAACCACAUACAAAUAAGCUAAAUGUGUUUUCUUCUCCAGAGAAAAUAAAUAAACAGAAAGAAAAAUGAUGGGGAAAGGGAGGAAUGUCAUCACCACUGGAUUUUCGUAGAAAGCAAAGCCUGCUGUUCAUUGUUUGCAAUGAUAGCUAGAUGAAUAGGGUGAUACUUAAAUGGAAGUGAUCAGAAGGUUUAAUUUGCUUUAAUAAAAUGGAAAUUGUAAUUCAUAUUAUUUAAUACCCUUUUUUUUUAAUUAAAAAUCUAUUACAAGAUUCUUGAAUUUCAAAGUUUCAAAGCUGUCCAUUUGACCAAAAUAAUAUCCUAAAAUUUAA